UCUUGUCUGAAAUAGUCAACAUUCUUGUCGUUGGACAAGACGUUGGAAAUCUAGAUGGCGCCAUUGUACACCGUUGUUACAGGGGUUUUCACAUAUAGAAUACAUAGAAUAGAAUACAUCUUCCCGCUGGUAUAGAAUACAUCUUCCCGCUCGAUACUUCAGUAGGUCGUACAUUUGUAUGACCGCUUAGGGCCAAGACAUCAAACGUACGACUAACAUCGAUGAGGAACGUUUAUGCGUUUAUUUUUUCAAGUGUCCUCUUCGAUUGACUGCAUGGCUGCCCUUUUACAAACCAUGGAGGAUCGGAUUGGGUCGUUGGAGCGGGAGGUUAAAAUGGGUAACCUUAAGCUAUCCAGAAUGGAGGAAAAAUUGGACGAGCAGACACGGCUAUUGUCGAUGUUGAUCGAGCAAACAGUAGCUGCUCGACAACCCAAUGCGGAACGGCAUUCGGCGAAUGAAGAUGAGGUACAGGAGCAGGUGCCGCAGCCGAGCAGCGAAGAGCACAACGCGAAAAAUGAAACGGAAGAGGAUCAGGAUGACGAGCAGGAACGUCAUGAGGAGCAUGAGGCAGCGCCAGAAAUCCCGGUUCUGCCAAUAAGAACCGUGAAUGACUUUUUUGUAUUGAACUCUAGCUGUGCCAGAAACGAAGAGUUUGUACAGCAAAUGGCGGAAGAAUUACAACAGGAGGUAGUCGCAUCGCAAACGAGAGCCCGGAACGUCAGCCAAGAAGCGAUAGAUGUAUUUUUGCUGACUUACAGGAGUACACCUAAUAAGCUGUUAGAAAACCAGAAAACUCCAGCGGAUGUUAUGUUCAACAGAAGGAUACGCACAACUUUAGAGCUGCUACGAUCACCACCGCGACCAUAG